UGUAAAAACCAAAAAUGCGUGACCCAGCAAUUAAUCCGAAAAAUUUUGGGAUUGGGAUUCCCAACCCUGUUGGUCCUCCGAUCUUCAGAGCUUUAGAAAUCCCAAGACGACAGGAGAAUAUACCAGAACCCUGUUCUCUACUCACCUAUACUCCACUACCCUAUACUGGACCUGCUCUGCUCUCCACCAACCAGUGGCAACAGUUUAGAGAUGUAGCGACUGAUAGAGGGGAGAUUGAGCUUGAAGAGAAGAGAAGAAAAGAGGAGAAGGAGGAACUGAGAAGGAGGGCGCAGGAGAUUACUUUAGAAUGGAAUCAUACACAGGAAGCAGAAAGAAAACUGUUUGAUGAAAAACUGAAAAGACGAAAGGAUGAAAAAGAAGAAAAGUUAACCAGGAUAAGUGAAGAAGAAAACAGACUGAAGUUGGAGAGCGAAAAUAGAAUUUUAGAGGAUACAGAGAGAAAUUUGAGAUAUGAUACUCAAAGGUUUAAAGAACUUCAUCAAGCAAUGCUUCUUUCCUUAACAUUAAAAGAAAGGGAAGAAAUUGCAAAACUUCAAGAAGAAAAACUAAACUUUGAGAAGAAGAUGAGAGCAGAUGAAGAUAGAAGAUACCUGGAAAGAAUAGAAGAAGAGAAGAAGAUCCUUCAGGUAAAGAAGGAGGAGAGAAGAAGAUUUGAGAAAACCUGGGAGGAAAAAAGAGGACAACAAGUAGAGGAGAAGGAAAAACAGAAACAGGAGGAAAAACGAAAUUCGUACCUGGAGCUCCAAAGAUACAGGGAGGUUGCAACAUUAGAUGAAGAAAAAGUUCGAAAAAUGGAGGAACUGGAAAGGCUUGAUAGGGAGCAGAGGAUGGAGGAUAUUAAGGUCCGGAGGGUGGAGAUCAAGAGGCUGAAGGAUUUGGAGGAGAAGGAGGACAAAAUACGAUUACAGAAAGCUCAAAGAGAAAGAGAAGAUCAAGAGGAGAAACGUAAAAGGUUUGAUGCGAUUCAAGCAGAACGAAGAAGAAGAAUAAAUGAAAGACAAGAACAUGCAUUUAAAUACAGAUUGGCUAAAUACGGGGGAAGAGUUGAUAUAACUGAUGAAAUGAACCAGGAGAUAGUGGAUCAGCAAGAUAGAAAAUAUAUAAACCAAAAACAAGUGGAAACUGAAAAAUACAACCAACAGCUCCGGGUUUGUAUGAGAACUGAAGAGGUUACAUCAAUGGAACUGACUCUAUUCCGAGCUAUUGAGCUCAUACCGGUUACACUAGAUCAAACCAAACAAACUAUACCUGAGUCUGACCAGUGGUUUAAAAUUUUGUGUUUUGAAUUCCAGGAUCAAGGACCAUCCAAGGGAUAA